AUGAAGGGACUUGCCUGUAAUACCAGAAUUUGGGAUGCUGAAGCAGGGGGUCAGAAGUUUGAGGCCACCCCAGAAUACACAGCCAAACUCGGACCUGAUGACUUGUCCGGUAAGGCCCUUAUGGUGGUGGUGGUGGUGGUGGUGGUGGUGGGCGGUUUGGAGAGAAGGCUGCUCUCAGCAUCCACAAGGGAGCUAACAGUCUACAACUCCAGUUGCAGGGGCUCCAACAUCCUCUUAUGCCGCGGCUCCCACGUGAGGGGCCGGCUGGGCAGGCAGCCCAAGCAGCCCGCUACUCCCUCUGCCGAGCGCUGCUCCCUGGCCCCGCCGCCCCGCCCCUUUGGGGGGCUGCGCUCGCUGCACCGCGGCAGCAGCCGGGGGUGUAGGUGGGCCGCCACCCAGGCUGAGGUGGUGCCCAAGACGCGGCUUGAGCUCGCCCACGGUGGGGCGGCCGGAGGAAGCUGCCACGGCCGGCCUCCGCCUACAGCGCCGGGGGCCCAAGGAGGCGGGGGCGGCCACCUGGCCCGGACCACCCCGGCCGGCCGCUCGGUCAACAAAGUGGUGUACGAUGACUACGAGAGCGACGAGGGCGACGACGACGAGGAGGAGGACAUGGUAUCGGAGGAGGACGAGGAGGAGGAAGAGGACGGCGACGCCGAGGAGACCCAGGAUUCGGAGGACGACGAGGAAGAUGACACGGACGAGGACGACGAUGACUCCGAUUAUCCCGAGGAGAUGGAGGACGACGACGACGCCGCCAGCUACUGCACGGAAAGCAGCUUCAGGAGCCAUAGCACCUACAGCAGCACUCCAGGUUCUCUUCAAACAAAAAACAGAACAAACAUUAUGCCUUCAGUGAAAUACUUAAGCAUAUCAAUGAAUUGUCCAUGAAAAUUGAUGUGGAAGAUGUACUACGCGAAGCAGAAGCAAUUUCCCUAAAGAUGGUAAAAUGGAAGGAAUUACCAGAAGCAGUUUGUGAGAUCCUGAGGCUCCAAGAGAGUGAAGUUACAACACCAGAUUCAGACAGUGGUGAAGAUGAAAAUGUCCUAUGUCUGCACUUCAGAGCAAUACGUUGCCCAUCCUUGCUACCAGUGAAGCCAAAGAGGACAGCCGGACACAGACGUUAGUGUCCCCGAGUG